AUGGCGCCCGGUCAAAAGGCAUACCCGCGCGGUACCGUAAAAAAGAUCAUCAAAGCCCAUUCCAACUGUAACUUGAGCAAAAAUGUCGACGUUAUGAUCUACCUUGACUAUGUUCUAUUCAUGCAGACACUUGUGAAGGAAGCAGCUAUUGAGUCCAAGAAGUCUGGGGAGAGAGGCAUCACUGCACGCAGUGUGAAGAAGGUGACCUCGGAUACUCUGACCAAGUUCAGGGGCUGA